UAAACGCUCAAAAUAAGCAACAAGAAGACGAACAAGUCCGUAGAAGAACCUUCUCCGAAGCCGCUUCUGCGCGUCUGAAACCUUUUCAGUAAAAUCCCACAAAACUCUAUAAAUUCUUAACUGGUAUCCAUCAUUUUUCUCCAUUAAGUUCUUCUUCAUUUCUCUGUGAUCGAAUCGGUUAUUAAGGCUUCACAUUUGAUAGAUAAAGCGAAGAUGUUUAGGGUGAGUAACAAUCUGGUAGGGAUCUUAAACUUCCUAACCUUCUUGCUCUCUGUUCCGAUCUUGGGAGCAGGGAUAUGGCUGAGUUCCAAGGCUGACACGAUCUGUGAGAAGUUUUUGGAAAAACCCUUAAUUGCUUUGGGGGUUUUUCUAAUGGUGGUAUCUCUUGCGGGACUAAUCGGUGCUUGUUGCCGUGUUUCAUUUCUUCUCUGGUUUUAUCUUCUUGUGAUGUUCGUUCUCAUACUUCUUCUAUUCUGUUUCACCGUCUUCGCUUUCGUUGUCACUAACAAGGGUGCCGGAGAGGUUGUUUCUAAUAGAGGAUAUAAGGAGUAUAAGUUGGGGGAUUAUUCUAAUUGGUUGCAGAAGAGGGUUACUAACACUAAGAACUGGAACCAUAUCAAGAGUUGCUUGAUUGAUAGCAAGGUUUGCAAGAAUCUCGCUGAUCAGCACGUGAACGAGAAAGUACUACAAUUCCAGGAUCAGAACUUGUCUCCAAUUCAGUCUGGUUGCUGUAAGCCUCCAACUUCAUGUAACUUCACCUAUGUGACCCCAAUCGAGUGGACCAAACCAAGCAACACAACAUCCUACUCUGAUUCUGAUUGCACAACUUGGAACAACAAUGAUCUCUGCUACAACUGUGAGUCUUGUAAGGGUGGAGUGCUUCAAAACAUCAAAAGUCAGUGGAAGAAGGUGGCCAUUGUCAACAUCAUCUUCCUCAUAUUCCUCGUCAUCGUCUACACUGUUGGUUGCUGCGCUUUCAGGAACAACAGGAUUGAUAAUUCUUAUCCCAGAUAUAAGGCUUACCCUUAGAACCUUAAAUCUGUUCAGAUUACAUUGCUAUAGAAAGAGGGAGAUGCACAGAACUUAUUUUUCUGAUUUCUUUUACUCUGUUUUUUUUCAUUUGAUUCUUAGUAGAUAGAUAGAUAGAUACAUGGACAUGUUUCUUUUUGUUUUGUAUAGCUCAUCUCUGUUGGUAUUUCAUCAUAUUAUAUACCAGAGUUAUACCUA